CCGUUCAUGAAACCCCGCUAUACGUUGUCAUCAUGGAAGCAUUCGUAAAGUGCCGUGAAACCCGACCUCAACUUCUUCAAAGCCUCCUGGCCGCUCUUCCUCCACUUGACAAGUCCCUUGAGGAAUUCCGCGACGUCGUAAUUCUACCUGAUGGCUACAAAAUCGACCUUCAAGUCGUCCGCCCGCGCGGCGUAGACGAGUUAAAGGCGGACAGGCCUCUCAUCCUGCUCUGGCCGGGCGGCGGUUUCAUCGUUGCCGGCGUCGAGCCGACAACCCGCCCCGCUCGAGAAUUCGCACUCGAGUUUGGCGCUGUGGUAGUCAACGCGACGUAUCGUCUCGCGCCUGAGAACAAGUUUCCCAGGUCUGUCAAGGACGGAUGGGAGACAGCUGUCUGGCUUUCGAAGAACGCUAGUCGGUUCGGGGCGGAUAUCAGCAAGGGCUUUGUCGUUGGCGGGUGGUCUGCCGGUGCGAAUAUUGCCGCGGUUGUUAGUCAGAGGUCUGGCGUCGAGGGACUGGGCAUUACCGGUACGCUUCUGGGUAUCCCAUUCUUGCUUGUCAAGGAAAUUGUGCCGGAGAAGUAUGCCAAAGAGUGGGUUUCCCGCGAGACCAGCGCCGAUUGGAGCCCGACUUUUACUACCGCUGUCAUCAACGAUGUGUCGAAGGCGCUGGAGGCGGAGAUCAAAUCGCCAUGGUACUCGCCUUUUAACGACCCUGAAGCUAUCCCGAAGUCACCAAAGACUUAUAUCCAAGUUGGCGAUCGAGACCCGUUGAGAGAUGAUGGAUUAAUUUACGCAAAGGUUUUGAAAGAUAAUGGGGUCGAGUCGAGAGUUGAUAACUAUCCUGACUGGGGACAUCAAGGCUGGACUAUAUUUGCUCCUCAAGACUCGCCUGCGGAGCUGGGGCCGAAUACGAUGAAGGGGAUGCGGUGGCUGUUGAGAAUUGGGAAGGAGUAGACUUCAGCGAAGGAGACUGAAGUUUCAGGCAAUCUUGGAAAAAUUUAGUAGAUUCAGAGAAUUCGCGCAUAAUAAAACACAGAUAGAGAGGAC